AUCUUUAAUCGCUACAGAUUAUCAGCCCGCUAGUUCUUUUCACCAGUCUCAAACAUUAAACAAAUCUUCUGCUUUUGGCUCCGCCUUUCUCUCCCUCUUUUUUCCUUUUCCAUUAUAAGCAAGAUGAAGAAAUACGUCCCGCCGAAGGAUGCGCCCCACAGAAAGCCCAGGGCAACUUUUCUUCGAGAUCUCUCCAAAUACUUGGCUGAUCAUCAGAUUGAGAUCCCCAUGAAAUUUAUUGCAUUUAUUGUGGCAGGCUGUUUCCUUCGAUUGCCUUUCUUUCAAAACUUUGUAUUUAUUAGCAAUCAAAGAAAUGAUGGUCGAUAUGAAAAGAGUUUAUGGGACUUCGCUUUUUUAUUCUUUUAUAUUUGUGUUUUUACAGCACUUCGGGCAGCUAUUAUGGAUUAUGUCUUAAUACCUUUGGCCAAAUAUACUAAUGUGCUUGUUAAGAAACAUCAAAGAUUUGCAGAACAAUCUUGGGCUUUUAUGUAUUAUACUUUUGCUUUCAUUUUUGGUGUUUAUGUUAUGAAGGAUGAACCUUGGUGGUUUGAUACAACCUAUUUCUGGCGUGAUUAUCCCGUUACUGAUUAUUCAAGAGGAUUCAAGUAUUAUUAUUUAGUUCAAUUUGCCUUUUGGCUUCAGCAGAUUUUCGUGCUUCAAAUCGAGGCACCUAGAAAGGAUUAUAAGGAACUAGUCAUGCAUCACAUCAAUACUUUGUUAUUAGUCAGUCUCAGUUAUUGCUGUAACUUUACAAGAGUUGGUAAUGCAGUUUUUGUUUGUAUGGACUUGCCUGAUUUAUUUUUGGCUCUCGCUAAAGCCUUAAAUUAUGUUUGCCCUGGAUUAAUCUGUAAUGUCACAUUUGCAACUAUGGCUUGUUCAUGGAUGUACGCUCGUGUCUACCUUUAUGGACGUAUUAUUAUAUCAACUAUUACGGAACCCGAACUCUAUGUCCCUGUAUUCAAACUUGAUCCUCUCAAUGGUCAUUGGUUCCCUCACUUUGUGAAAUACAUCAUUGCCGGCCUUAUGAUCGGUCUUUACUUCCUUAUUCUUUUCUGGACGUUGAUGAUCUUCAAGGUCAUAUAUAAGAUUGCAACUUCUACUGAAGCAAAAGAUGUUCGUUCAGAUGACGAAGAGGAGACUGAGGAUGUAUCGAUUGAAAAGAUUGAAGGUGAUCAUUCUACUCCCAAAACACUAGUUAGAGGCUUAAAAGACAAGAGUCAAUAAUAUUAUAAUCCAUGCAUAUACAACACCUUCCCCUCACCUUUUUCUCUCUUAAUAAUAAUAAUGGUAAUAGUAUUUUGUUUGUAACUCAAUUCUCCACCUCCUUUCUUCUUCUCCUAAUACCUCAUCAAAACAAUCGGAACAUACAAUAAUAAACAGUAAUACAACGUUUAUAAAGGA